AUGGAGUACUUCAACAAGAAUCUGUUUGGCAUAGAUUGGUCUUCAUAUCUGACAAUGUUCCCAGGAGAAACCGGAAGUCCCACAAUCAAUCGAAACAUGGAAGUGACCAUGUUGCAGCGGCUUCUGGAUCAAGGAAUAGCACACAAGGAGCCGGUGAUUCUCAGCGAUUUCUGGGAGUGUCGGGUUGAAGAGGAGAGAUGGAGAGGAACAUGGGAUAGUUACAGAGAUCACUUCAACUACAGUCUCGCCCACCACAAGAUUGAGCAUCUCUACUUCAUCGAUUUGAAGUAUCGUGCUCUGAUGUUGUUUGUGUCAUCCGGUAAAGUCACUGACGCCUUCAAAAAAGAGCUGGAAGAGGGCGAGUGCGUGUGUCAUUAUGAUGCCCACUCGAGAAUCGUUUCACUUGUUUCGAAGGAUCAACAGGUGGAAGUUUCAGCUGAACCCAGAGAGUUCACAGAAGAUAAGGACGACGAGGAGGAUGAGAAGGAAGUGGAAGUCUUGGAUCAAUCAGUCAUGACAAUUGAAAGAUUUUACGACAACUUGAAAACACUAAUUCAAACUCAUUGCCGAAAGAACAAAUUAGAGUACUCGUUCAUGUGGGGAUUGGAACAAGAAGCGAAAGACAAGGAAAUGUCGAACUUUGAAAUGAUCAAACUACUCGAAAAACUUGCCUGCUGGGUGAUCGAAUGCCCCGAUGAGGAGACGGAUGUGGUCAAAAUGGACAAAUUCCAGCUUUUGAUGAUGUUCAAUGCGAUGGUGGGUAUGAUCCCAGGAUAUGAGAACAUGAAGGAGAGAAUCAGUACUGCUCUCAACGUUGAAUGUGAGCGUGACCAGAAGGUACCGUUGGCUCUUCUUGGUCGAAUGAUUGUCUCGAUACUUGAUGAAUUCAGCACAUGA